ACCACGAGAGAGCAGCGUGAUGGGAGAAUGAGGAGAGGUCCCUGGUGUUGGUAUGAUGGACGGACUGGGAAAGCCGGGAUCCAUGUGCAGCUGUAGCCGGCCCAUGGCUCAUUCAGCCCCCCCAAAAACCUCCAAGCUGCUAUGGAAACUCAAAGACUGCUUUUCCUCAAACGGAACAACUCUUCAGACCAAUAACGACAACAGUCCCAUGGAGAACAAAAACCCUGUGUUGGAGUUGAAGGAUGUCCCUCCCCCUCCACACCACACGCCCCCCUCCCAGUUACCCAAGUCCUUAUCUUUUGCACCCCUCUCUUUUCCUCCCCCCUGCUUGCUGCCGCCUCCUCCUCCGCUUGUACAUGACUCCCACCAACAACAGCCCAAAUAUCAAGAAGGGGCUAGCCCCAAAGUAAGCAUUUGCACUCACUGUGACUGUUGCACCUCAGAUGGCUCGUUGGGUAGAAAAGUUGGUGGCGACUGCAGCAGCAUUGCUGGUACUGGUGUGCAUCAUUUGUCUCCCAGCUCUUGUGGAGCACCCAUUAGUAGCAGCAAUAGUAGCAGACUUGUGACCUGCUCUGUAGCCUCAUCAGUUCAUCAGUAUAAGCAGAGUUGUGGAGGGAAACCUGAAAUGUCUGAUUCCUUCCUGAGGUUGGGCUUUAAAUCUCAGCUGCCCUGUUCUGUGGCUACCUCUCAGCCUCUGUCGUUGCACCCUUACUUCCCCUGCUGCUCAGGGCCUCACAACUACUCAGCUGUACCUUUUUCAUGCACUCAGUCUAGCGCAUUUCCAUCUUCUGCACCCCUGGCUUCUUCCACUUCCUCUCUUGCUUCCUUGCGGGGGUCUUGCCUGGCCCCUUCUGGCUGUAACCCUUGUGGUGUGAACUCAUCCGCCAGAGCAUCCCACAGAGCCAUACUUGAUCACCCGUCUACCACAACCAUCACUACUUCCACCACCUCAGCACACUUCUGCUCUAACUCUUUGCACCUAAAUGUAGAGCGCACGGUUUGUGGGAAUGGGGCGCACUUCUGCUGCCAGGAGUGCUUUUUACAGCCCAAGAUCAGUCCGACCUCAGAGUCUGAGAAGGCGUGGCCCAAAGUUCCUGCUCCUCACGCCGCUUCUGUCCCUGUCCCCAUCUGUAAUGGCUGUGGGACGUCCUCUGAUGCCAUGGUGCUCAAGCCGUCCACCACCUUCGGAAAGACCACCCAGAAGUAUGGUUCUCCAGAAAACGGCGUUCCCGAGAACAUCCCUCCAGUGGGCGUCUUUUGGGACAUUGAGAACUGCAGCGUUCCGAGCGGACGCUCCGCUGAAGCUGUUGUCCAACGUAUCCGCAGCCGGUUCUUUCAGGGACACCGAGAGGCAGAAUUUAUUUGUGUUUGCGAUAUCAGUAAGGAGAGCAGAGUGGUCAUCCAAGAGCUCAACAACUGUCAGGUUACAGUUGCACACAUUAACGCCACAGCCAAGAACGCCGCGGACGACAAGCUUCGUCAGAGCCUGAGGCGCUUCGCUGAGACCCACGCGGCUCCCGCUACCGUCGUUCUGGUGUCCUCGGAUGUGAAUUUUGCCAGCGAGUUGAGUGAUCUGCGCCAUCGCCACGGCUUCCAAAUAGUUCUGGUUCACGGAAACCACGCGUCGUCAGCGUUGCUGCAGCACGCCCACCGCCAUGUGGCCUUCCAGGAGAUCACGGCAGAUCUGCCACAGCGUGUUCUCGUCAAAGCACAGCCCAGUUUCAACCUCCUCUAUGUGCACAACCUUCCCAUCAUCUGUGACAAGAGUCUGAGGAAUGCCGUGAAGCUCAGGCUCCGCCGCCUGUCAGACAACUGUGGCGGCAAGGUCCUUGGCAUGUCCCAGGGAACGGCGGUCCUCCGGUUUGGCAGUGCCGAGGCGGCUGCACGGGCCCGCAAGCGAAUGGAAAACGAGGAUGUCUUUGGCCACCGAAUCAGCCUCUCUUUCCACCCGAGGCCCAGAGAUGAAGCCGGUCCUGAGGCUGAGCUCCAGUCUCAACCUCCUCUCUUGCCUCAGCCCCCCAUCUUUCAAACCCAGGAUACGAUUUUUGCCCCUCCUCCUCUUCCUUCAUCCAUAUCCACGUUUUCUUUCCUACCUCUGGAGAAGCCCAGAUCACCAAGGAGGCCGAGGCGAGCGCCUGAGAGGGCCUACAGCCCUAGAAGGGGGUCCAGUGGACCGCCUGGUGGUGCUUCAGUCAAAUCCCAUCAGGAGCUGGUUAACAUGGAAGGUAAAUCCAGGAUGGGUCUGCAUCCUCUGGACAAAGGAGAUUCUUCCACGUCACCUCGCAAAAAUGAUGAGAAAGCAGCCCUGGAGCACCCGCCUGGCUUUAGAAGAGAAUCCGUGCUCAGGAGGAGAGAGGGCUCCGUCUCCCGGAGUCUGACCGAGUCUCCCGUAGACCAAAGAGAGAGAAACUCAGGGGAGUUCCAGAUUAGCACGCCCUCCGCCUUCAGCAAGCUGAACCUGCACCGGAGCUUCAGUCCUCUCGUCGUGUCUCCGGGGUCCUGGUCAUCCAGGAGUGGAUCCCCCUGUCUCUCCAGCCGCUCCUCUCCUCUGCUUGCUACCCCUCGUAGCUCUCGUCCCGAAGGUCCCCCUGAUCCCUUCUCAGAAGGUGCAGAGGUCCAGGUGGCCAACCUGGACUACAGAAUGUCUCGUAAAGAGCUGCAGCAAACGUUGCACGACACCUUCUGUCGAUACGGCCAGGUGAAAGCCGUUGAGUUGAGCCCCCACACGGACUACCAGCUGAAAGCCACCGUUCAGAUGUCGUUGCUACAGCAGGCCAUCGGCGCCGUCAGCGGUCUGCACCGCUAUAAGAUCGGAGGCAAACGCAUCCAGGUGUCUCUGGUCACCGGUGGCAGCAGCAAACCCCUCACCACACUCAGCUCAGAGAUGAUCUGCAUUCUUCAAGAUGCCCCUGCCAGCUGCCUCCCUCUGUUCAAACUCGCCGAGAUCUACGAGAAGAAAUACUCCCGUAAACUAGCGAUCGGGGAUCUGUACAGACUACCAGAUGUGAUCUCCGUGCGGGAGCAGGGCGGCUCCAGGCUUGUGUGCCUUCUCCCCAACAGCCAAAUUCGCCAGAGCCCUCUUGGAUCCUCUCAGUCCCAAGAAGGUUCCUCCUCAGCUAGCGGGAGUCCCGUUGUGUUCGAGGAGCUCGAGUAUCACGAGCCCGUCUGCAGACAACAUUAUGCACACCAGGACUUCAGCGAAGCUGACUUCGACCCCGACUCCUAUAAAGUCCCGUUUGUUGUGACAUCACUGAGCAGUUUGGCCUCAGCUGUCCACAGCCUGCUGGAGUCUCACGGGGGCACGCUGCCACUUCUCAGUUUUGUAGACUGCUACGCCGAAAAGUUCAGCCCUCUGCAGUUUGGCAGUGAGACACUAGAGGGCGGUGUUCCUCUGGAGCACUUGAUCACCUGUGUUCCCAGCGUCACCUUGGUAACAGCCCAGAACGGGUUCAAAGUUAUCAAGUGGACCCACAACAAGCCACCUGCACAGAACUCUGAGUCGUGGAUUCAACGCUGCAGGAGUCCGGUGGGCAAUCCGCAGCUCAUCCAGUUCAGCAGAGAAAUAAUCGACCUGCUGAAGAAUCAGCCGUCGUGCGUCAUGCCAAUCAGCAAGUUUAUACCUUCGUACCAUCAUCACUUUGCUAAGCAGUGCCGUGUGUCGGACUACGGCUUCUCCAAGCUGCUGGAGCUUCUGGAGGCGGUCCCGCAUGUUCUGCAGAUACUGGGUAUGGGUACGAAACGUCUGCUGACCCUCACCCAUCGAGCCCAAGUGAAACGCUUCACCCAGGAUCUGCUUAAGCUGCUCAAGUUUCAAGCCAGCAAACAAGUUGCAAUUAAAGACUUCACGCAGGCGUACCAUUGGUGCUUCUCCAGAGACUGGAGGGUAACGGAUUACGGCGUCUGUGAUUUGAUGGACCUGCUGACGGAGAUCCCCGACACCACCAUCACCAUCGCUCAGCAGGAAACCGACGCGGUCAUUUCCGUUCCUAAAAGGGAUCGUACUGUUGAGGAAAUGGAGCGAACCAAGCAGUUUGGGAAGGAGGUGGUGGACCUCCUCCGCCACCAGCCUCGCUUCCGGAUGUCGUUCAGCAAGUUCAUUCCCACCUACCAUCACCACUUGGGUCGCCAGUGCAAGCUCAGCUACUACGGGUUCACCAAGCUGCUGGAGCUGUUCGAGGCCAUCCCCGACAUCGUGACGGUGCUGGAGUGCAGCGAGGACAAAGUGCUGAUUCUGACAGAGGUGGAGCGCAUCAAGGCUCUGGCGGCCCAGCUGGUGAAGCUGCUGCGGACUCAGAACCACUUCAGCCUCCCCGUCAGCCAGCUGCUCACGGAGUACAGCAAGACCUUUGGUUACGGCCUCCGCCUUCAGGACUAUGAUGCCACCUCCCUGCCUGCUCUGCUGGCCAAACUUUGCCAUGUUGUCAAGGUGGUGGACGGCUCCGAGGGCCGAGAAGUGCAGCUGAUCAACAGGAAGUCUCUGCGGCUGCUGACCUCUCAGCUUUUAGCUCUGCUCAUGUCCCAGGAUGACGGUCAGGUGACCAGAGGGAUGAAGGUGGAGGAGCUGAGCCGCCUUUACCUGAGCGUUCACGGUACGCAGCUGAACCCGUGUGAGUACGGGUUCCUCUCUCUGAGCGAGCUGCUCAAGAGUCUCCCGUAUCUCGUGGAGUUAUACCAAGAGGGAAGCGGUGACGGUGAUGCCAGUGGUCCGGAGGAUGAAUGGGUGAGACUGGCGAGGCUUUACCAGUUUGCUCGUAACGUCCGUGCGCUGCUCCACACCUACCACUACAACCAGAUCUUCCUGACGGAGUUCCAGGGGGCUUAUAACAAGUUUACGGGCUGCAGCCUUGAGCCACGCUCCUACGGAUACUUCAGCGCUGAUGAGCUGCUCGGCGCUAUUCCACAGGUGGUCUGGAUCAAAGGGCACGGUCACAAGAGAAUUAUCGUUUUAAAGAACGAUAUGAAAGCAAAGACGAGUUCUUCAGUCCCCAGCAGCCCCCAGCCAGGGGAGAGUCCAAGAGACAGUCCUGUUAGCAGUGCAACAUCUGCAGCCGCCAGCCCCGGUGUUGAUGCAGCUGCAGAGCCUGAGCUGCUGUGUCUGACGUCACCGCUGGAUCUGCUGUGCGGUCCCGUACCAUCCUGCCUGCCGUCGCCUCAGCUCCACCCUGACCCCAUCGGUCCCCAGCAGGUGGACCUGAUCAACUUUGAGAAAACUCAACUGCUGACGGAGUGUGAAUCUGAAGAGGCAGCUGCAGACGACCCCUCUGAUCCACCUGAGCACCCCGGGGCCACGCCUCCCCCUGACUCGAGGAACUCCUUGUCCCUGAGCAGUCCUGGCAGGAGAGAUAGUCGCAGCAGAAUCAAGCUAGCUGCUAACUUCUCCUUCACAGUAGGCCUCUGAUCCCAUCCCACACACAAGCACAGUAACUCUGAAACCAGAGUUGAACUACUAGUCUGCGUGGAAACGGCUUCUCAGAGGGGUUUUCGUUUUCCCCUCACGAGCUCGUCAUGCUCUUCUAGGUUCAAAUGUCCUGAUGUUCGCCACGCUGUGAUCCACUUGUUGCAGAUUUACUGCAGUGCUUUGAUUUCUCACUUUUCACCUGCUGUAGACAGUUUGUCCCCAUGUCACGGUUUCCAGGAACGUGCAUCUUUAAAUCGGAGCCAUGGUCAUCAUGUUGAACUCGUCACGAAUGAAGCCGAGUUGUCUCUGCAUCGAGGUUUCAGUUUGUAAAACUGACAUAAAUGAUUUUUGUUGGUAAACCAUAAGAAACCCUUUAAACGACUUCCAUGCCGCGUGCUGAAGAACAGAAUCUCUCAUUUCAAACCUAAUUUUGAACAUUAGAGCUUUUUCAGGCUGAUUAAUUACAUAUGAAGAGAAAUCCAGCUGAUAAACGGCUGCCUGUUUAAUUCAGAUUUUUAAAGAAGUAGCUUGUCCUGCGUCGUCCCCGUCAGGAAGGGUAGGAGUUUAGUUCCUUCUAGAAUAUGCAGAGGGUCUCGUCCCACGUGGAAGAGCUUGCAGAAUGAUGAAAAACCAGCUAAGGAUCCGACUAUGACCACUCUUGGAUUCUUUUUUUUAAUCGUCAUACUUGAUUUAAGGAAACGCACUGACUUGUUUUAGGAGGCUUUAAUGAAGCCCUGGAGGAGGAAAAGGGCAUCGUGUGUUUAGCAGCAGUCGAUCUCAGCCAGCAGCUCGUUUUAGCCGUCUGCGUGGUUUACACGGGGGAGGGUGGUGUGCAUAACGGAGUUUAUGCAAGGUGUAACCCGGAGGAGCAGACCGAAGCCGACGGCGACGUCGUUUAAGAUCAGGCCGGCAUCACAGUUGGAAGCUGCCUGGGAGAUGCUGAAGGUUUGUCGAGUUAACCUUUCGCCGCUCGCGUUGGUGACAUCGGCAAUGGGAGGACGAGUUUGAGGACAGCGGCAUCUGCUGGUUUGUUUUGAUGGUUUUAAACGCACAGAUGUGAGUUUUAGGAGCGCGAGAUGGGACAGGAGGUGAUGAAUCUGAGGACGGAUCGAGUCCUGAAUGGACCGACGUCCUCACAGAGGUCCUCUGGCUCUCUGGAAUCUGCCGGGCUUUUACAAUGGCUUGUAUUUGCCUCGGCGCUGAAACAAGGUGCCAUCUUUCCUCCGCACCCUCUCACAGGAGGAGUAUUUUUAAACUUGUGGAUGUGUCGCGUUCUCAGCUUUUUUUCUUUUUUUUUUCCCCAUCUUAAGUGUUAAAUCAGCUGCUGGCUGUAAAGUUUCCAUCGCUCUCUCGCUCGUCGGCUGCUUCUGAAGUCUGGCGCUGCCGGCUGUGUCGAGGAAGGACGUUUAGAGAAUGGGUAGCAGCCCAUUAAACCAGUCUGAAGCUUCCACCUGCCAUCCCACAACGACGUGAGCUCUUCUGGCCCGUUUCUCCAACCCUCUCGUUAACGAGUCACCAGCUUAGAAUGAUUAUGUACAAUUGUUAAUGACAGAAAAUACUCCAGAUGAUGUCUAGAUUUGAAUUUACCAGCACAGAGAGCAGAUUUCUUUGAUUUCAGCCAAUCCUAACAAACCCUGUGUUCCAGUUCAUUUAUCCGAGUUUUCAUAUCGAUUGAAUCAGUGAGAAGUGGCUGUAUCUGUUCAAAUAUGCAGUUAUGCAUACAUUUUAGUUCAUGAAACACGUUCGACAAGUGCGUUUGUCGGUCCCGGACUGUCUGAUCACCCCUCACCCGUCUCACUGCCUUCCUGCACCAAAACAAGGUUGUAACAGUCGAAUGUUGCUCAAGCGGUGAAAACAUUGUUAAUAAAAAUCACAAGCAUCA